AUUAUGUUCUGGGAUGCAUACUAUGGCGGCAGGAAGUGCUCGUCCAGCCCCUGUCAGCACAAUGGAGUGUGCGAGGACAGCAUUCGUGGCUACACCUGCACCUGUGCUGAGGGCUACGAGGGAGAGAACUGCGCUUUUGCUAAAAAUGAGUGUCGCCACCAAGCAAAUGAAGGAUGUCACCACUUCUGCUACCCAGGAAGUAAUUCCUACCAUUGUUCCUGUGCUGAUGGGUACGAGCUCGGGAAGGACAAAAAACAGUGCAUCGCAUUAGAUCAAUGUGCAUGUGGCAGACUUCAAGACAGUGAUAAUCUGAUAAGUGAAACCAGGAAGAAACGUGAUGAGCAGUUUCCUUGGCAGGUCUUGCUUCUAAACUCAGAAGGGAAGGGCUUCUGUGGAGGAGUGCUGCUAAAAAGUAAUUUUGUAUUAACUACAGCAGAGUGUGCCCUUCUACACAGCCAUCUGGAAAUCAGGGUUGGUGCUGGGUCUAAUGGAACAAGUGAAACAGAGAAGAUAAUGCAAGUCAGUGAGAAACACAUACACCUUCGGUACGAUGAAGACACUGGUGAGAACAACAUCGCAUUACUGCAACUCCAAGAGCAUGUUGAGUGCAACAACCACCAGCUUCCUGUAUGCACUCCUGAAAGAGACUUUGCAGAACACAUUUUAAUUCCAAAACUGCCUGGUACAGUCAGUGGCUGGAGAAUGGAAGGUGAUAAACUUCAAGGUGACGAGUUGCAGGUUUCAUACCUUCCUGACUGCAAACAAAUACUCAAUGUAAGCCUCACAAACAGGCAGUUUUGUGGACACCUCCAGAAGGUCGUACACAAACAACUGGCUGGAGGAAGCUUUUUAGCUACUGAGUAUAAGGGCACUUGGUUUCUGACUGGUAUCCUGGGAUCUUGGCCCUUAGAAGACACUGACUGGGAAACACUUCUAUUCACUAACACUGCAAGGUAUAUGAUAUGGUUCAAACAAAAAAUGAAGUAA